AUGCGAGGACCGUCCUUUUUUCUCCCAUUCCUGUCUCUGACCGCCGCCCUCUCUCCUCGCUCCCCAACCCGUACCCUUAACACUAGUGCCUCAACCUGCACACCCGUCGCCGGAGGUACAUCCACCACAGACGAUGUGCCCGCUAUAGCGUCGGCGCUAUCAACAUGUGGUGACGGUGGUGUAAUUGUCAUUCCUACCGGAACCACAUAUUACAUCAAAAGUGUUCUCGAUUUCUCAUCAUGCAGUGGUUGCGACUUCCAGAUCGAGGGAACCCUCAAGUUCGCCUCUGAUACAGACUACUGGGAAGGUCGCACCGCUAUGAUGUAUGUGAAGGAUGUUACUGGCAUGACCAUGCGAUCGCUCACUGGGAGUGGAGUUAUCAAUGGCAAUGGACAAGAUGCAUAUGACCUCUUCGCUUCAGACAGCAGCUACCAACGCCCAACCCUCCUCUACAUAACAUCAAGCAGCAACAUCAAAAUAAGUGGUCUAACCCAAAAGAACCCACCAAACGUCUUCAACUCCGUCACAGGCUCAAGCAGCGACAUCCAUUUCUCAGACUUGACAAUGACAGCAACGUCCAAAAGCACCAAUGCAGCAAAGAACACCGACGGCUUCGAUAUCGGCUCUUGCACAACUGUAAGCAUCACAUCCGUCUCGGUAAUUAACGAUGACGACUGCGUAGCCUUCAAGCCAGGCGCAAACUACGUGACCGUUUCAGAUAUCACAUGCACAGGGAGCCAUGGGAUAAGCGUUGGAUCACUCGGUUCUUCUGGCGAUGACACGGUGAAGAAUGUGUAUGUAUCUGGUGCGACGAUGAUCAAUUCGACCAAGGCGGCUGGAAUCAAGACUUACCCCUCUGGUGGGGACCAUGGGCUAUCUACUGUUACUAAUGUAACCUGGAGCGGGGUUGUUGUUGACGGGUGUGACUAUGCGAUUCAGAUUCAGAGUUGUUACGGGGAAGAUGCGAGUUAUUGUGAGGAAUAUCCGGGUGAUGCUGUUUUGUCGGAUGUGGUUUUUGAGGGGUUUAGCGGGACGACUAGUGGGAAGUAUGGGGAUGUCACUGGGAAUAUGGAUUGUGGUGCUGAUGGGACUUGUGGGGUGACUGUUAGUGACUAUACGGUUGUCGCGCCGGAUGGGGAGAGUGAGGUCCUUUGUGCGAAUACGGAAGAUUUGGGGGUUACUUGUACAUCUGGGGCUUCGGGAUAA